UUAACUCGGUCUUAUCCAAAAUGGCGACCUAGUGCUCAGACAUAACGCGGUUAAUAUGUCAACAUGUCACUCCUCAGAGUCUGUGCCUUUACCAAGUGUCUGAAUCGUCGCAGUUUGUUUGAGAGAUGCGCCGUCGUCCGCGUGUCUCGCGUGGACCGCUGUCAGCUGUGUCUCACGAGGACAAACGGCGCCGCGAGACGGAUACCAGAGACACUCUUGUGGCUGCAGCAAAGAAAUUUCUCAUCUCUGAUAAAAAGAGAGGAUGGGAAGAAACGUGCACUCGAACGGUUUCAGCUGUUAGAUGUGCUUGAGGCCAGAAUCCAGCAGCUGCAGUCUGACGUUCUAGAUGUCCAACAUGUGAAGGUGCAGGUUAUCAAAGCCCCCUCUUCAGGAAGAGGGGGUCCACCUGGUAGGGGUCCCAAAAACAAGACUCAGGAGAAAACGGACUUCCCUAAAUCAGCACACUCUGGUACGAAAGGAGCUUCUAAAUCCCAGCCUAGCCGCUGGAUGGAAAAACUAAGUCAGGAGAAGAAGAACAAAAUAAAGAAACAGCAGCAUCUCCAGCAGAAAAUACAGAAGACUGUUGAUGAGAAACCAGCACCAAAAGCUAAAAAAAGCAAAAGCAGCCAGAUGUUACCUGGUACGUCACAUAAAAUCAUAUCUUCUGCAGCUCAAAAGACUAUAACCACUGUUAAGAGGAACAAAGGUUCUAUGAAAUUGUCUGAUGCAAUUAGGGCUGCAGUAUCUGCACCAGUUACCUCCACUGCUGCUGCUGCCGCUACAGCAACAGCAGCUAUUCCUCACAAGGUCUCGAAAGGGAAAGGGAAGGACUCUAAAAAGCAGGUUCCCAGCCGAGAGGGCCAAAGGCAGUCUGCUAAAGAUGCCGAGGCCAGGGCUAAGGAGAUUGCUGAGGUGGAGGAACUGGAGAAGAGGCUCAGCCAGCAGGUCAGCCAGUGGGCAUCCUCAACGAACUCGGAGCGCCUUGUGGUAGACAGUGACGCAAACACAUGUGGAGACAUCCAGUCUAGCCUCCGCUCUUACCUGGAGGCGUGCGUGUUCGCAGGGGACAUCGAGCGCGCACAUCAGUUUCUGCUCAGCCAGCACAGAACUAUGAAUCGACGCAAACAGCUCAACAUUGAGAUGUACAACAUCAUGAUGAGGGUCUGGGCCAAGAAGGGCACACUGAGCCAUAUUGGCCGCAUCUUUAUCCUGGUAGAAGAGGCGGGACUAAAGCCCAAUCUGGGAUCCUACUGUGCUGCUCUGGAGUGUAUGGGCCGCACCCCCAACUGUUCCCCACGUGUCAUCAACAGGUGCCUGAGCCAGAUGGAGGAGGACGGCCUGUCUGUGGACGAUCUGUUCAGCCAGUGUGUGUUCCGGCAGGAUGAGAGAGACAUGCUGCUGAGGGCCGUCCGCACCGUCCAGCCAGACUACCAGCCCAAGCCCAACACCACCCUAACACCCUGCGCCUCACCGCUGGUCCAGGACUUCUACUCACAGAGGGCAGACCAUCAAUACCCCAAGCUGGACUUUUCUCAGGAGGAACUGCAGGAGCGCUUCAAACGUCAGCUCAGCAUGGAGCAGGCCUGCACCGUUACCAUCGACUCUGUGGAGGUGGCCAUGCCUGUCACUGAAAACAUGACCAAGAUGAGGGAGCUUCUGGCAGAGCACCGGUCUCAGUGGCAGAAGACUCUCCUCCAGGCCCUCAGAGAGAGCAAAAUGAUCCUAGCCAAAACCAACACCAAGGACUAUCGGCUCAACCUCUACCCUUAUCUCUGUCUGCUGGAGGAUCGCGAGUAUGUCGACAUCAUGAUACAGAGUGUGUCCAGCCUGCCUCCCAGUGGAGAGUCACUCAAGAUUUUAGCCAGAGACCUGGGCAACAGGUUGUACACCAAGUAUUGUGUGCAACAGAAAGGCCGCAACCAGAUUGUGGAAAAGCUGAGCAACAUUUACAAUGCUUACACCGACCUACUGGCCAAAGAUACCAAGGUAUAUGAUGUCCUUCCCAGAGAACAGUGGUGUCAGCUUGAGACAGAGCACAGUUCAGGACCCACUCUCCAGGGGGAUGAGACCCAUUGGCCAUAUACUGUAACCGUGGAGCUGGGCACCUACAUGGUGGACCUGAUGGUCAAGAACCUCAAAAUUAAUAGUGACAUCCUGAACCCGGCCUGUGACAGGAAGCUCAUCCCCAUUCUCUACCACAUGUACACUUUCCGCAGCACCCGACAGGUCGGCUUCAUUAAGCCCCACCCUAUCCUGACCCAGAUGCUGCAGGAAGCCAUGGAGACCAAAUUGACCUUUGACUCCUAUGUGAUCCCGAUGCUGUGCCCACCUGUGCCCUGGAUCUCUGCCAAGUUUGGGGCCUACUUGCUGACACCUACCAAACUGAUGCGUGCGAUAGAUGGGGCCACCCAACACGAACUACUGCUGGAAAAAUGCCAGAACCUCCAUGCCGUCCUGGAUUCACUCAACCAGCUGGGCACAUGUGCCUGGAGGAUCAAUAAACCCCUCUUGGACAUUAUUAUCUCCAUUUUCAACGACCGAGGUAGUGACAAGCUAGACAUCCCUCCACCCAUGUCAGAGGCCCCUAAAAUCCCCCACUUCAACCCCCAAGAUCCUUCCUAUACCUCCACCGAAAAGGCCCACAUGAAAAGGGAAGUGAUCAAGGCCAAAAAGAAAUGCAGCGAGAUGCACAGCCUGCGUAUGGACGCUCUCUAUAAACUCUCCAUCGCCAACUACAUGAGAGACGAGAUCUUCUGGUUCCCUCACAAUAUGGACUUCCGGGGACGUACCUAUCCUUGCCCUCCCUACUUCAACCACCUGGGGAGUGAUGUGACGCGGGCUAUUCUUGUCUUUGCGGAGGGGAAGCCUCUGGGCCCGAAAGGUCUGGAUUGGCUGAAGAUCCACUUGGUUAACCUAACUGGACUGAAGAAAAGGAGUUCACUACAGGGCAGGCUGGAGUAUGCCAACUCCAUCAUGGAAGACAUACUGGACUCUGCUGACAACCCUCUAAAUGGAAAGAAGUGGUGGAUGAAUGCAGAUGAGCCGUGGCAGGCUCUGGCCUGCUGCAUGGAGAUAGCUAAUGCUGUGAGAUCUCCUGACCCAACACGCUUCAUCUCUCACUUCCCUGUCCACCAGGAUGGUUCCUGUAAUGGUCUGCAGCACUAUGCCGCCCUGGGCAGAGAUGUCAUUGGUGCCACGUCAGUCAACCUCAUGCCCUGUGAUGUGCCCCAGGAUGUGUACAGUGGGGUAGCACAACAGGUGGAGGAGUUCCGAGCGCGGGAUGCGGAGAGUGGUCUGAAGAUCGCCCAGGUCCUGGAGGGUUUCAUCAGCAGGAAGGUGGUCAAACAGACUGUGAUGACGGUGGUAUACGGGGUGACACGCUAUGGCGGACGCCUCCAGAUAGAGAAACGACUGAAGGAGAUUGAUGAGUUCCCCAAGGAGUAUGUAUGGGAUGCGUCACAUUACCUGGUGCGUCAGGUGUUCACUGGGUUGAAAGAGAUGUUUACAGGAACCAGAGAGAUUCAGGACUGGCUGACAGAGAGUGCCAGGCUCAUCUCCAAGUCUGGCCGCACUGUGGAGUGGGUGACACCCCUGGGUUUACCCAUCAUACAGCCCUACCACCGCACUCGUUACCAAGUGCUGAAGAGUACAAUGCAACACAUCAACCUCCAGAUCAGCCAUGAUGCCAAAGAGAGACCAGACACGGUUAAACAGAAGAACGCCUUUCCGCCAAACUUCAUCCACUCUCUGGACUCUACACACAUGAUGCUCACUGCACUUCACUGCUACAGUGCUGGCCUGACAUUUGUCUCAGUCCACGACUGUUUUUGGACCCAUGCCCUCACAGUGGACACCAUGAACAAGGUGUGUCGGGAACAGUUUGUCGCCCUGCACAGCCAGCCCAUCCUUCAAGAGCUGUCCAACUUCCUGCUACACAAGUACUGCACUGGGCUGCUGGCCGAAGUGAAGAACAAGAAGUACUUGGAGUACAGGAGGCUGCUGCUGCUGCUGGCCAAAGUGCCCCAGACAGGUGAUUUUGAUCUCCAGCAGGUGAAGGAAUCCACAUAUUUCUUCAGCUGAGAGGAUCCUGGAGGCAAGCGGACGCAGGGAGAUGGGUGGAAUUGACCGAGUGCAGCAGGGAGGCUGCAGGGCCUGGGGUCUCCACUGGCCUUGUCUCCCUCAGACAUCAGCAUAUUGAUCCCGCCGCCCCCACCCCCCCACCUGCCUGCCGAUCCAUCGGCUGGCCUGGAGCUGCUGGAGCUGCUGGGGUCAUUCACACACAACAAACCUGCCUGAUUAACUGACUAGUGAAGUGGGGGGAGGGAGGGUCGGAUGCUCACCCGAGGGAAAGGCAAAAGAACCAGCAACGGAUGGAAACAUCAAGAUCUCAGCUUUCAGAGGGACUUCUUUAAUUAUAAUGGAACCGUAGACCUCAGUGUUACUGAUGUGUGUGUGUGUAUGUUAGAGUGUGUGUGUGUGUGUGUGUGUGUGUGUGUGUGUGUGUGUGGAGCUGAGUGAAUGAGAUAAAGAGGAACAUUUAGAGACAUGUUUAUUAAGCCAUACUGUAUCCUGAAUCAUGUGAAUCAUCUGUCAAUCUCCUCAUCCUUCAGCAACACUUCUGCUGAGUAUAAGCUUAACUUUCUAUCCACAGUGUCAAGGCCAGUAAUGGUGUGUGCGCAUGUGUGUGUGUGUGUGUGUGUGUGUGUGUGUGUGUGUGUGUGUGUGUGCUUUCACGCUGUGAAAUCCCGGCUCUCCACAGGGCGCUGAUCUGCCUCAGCUAAUACUCCAGUAAUCAUCGAUCUCAUCGCUCACGGAUGGGAAGACGCACCCUGGCAGAAUGUGCAAUCACACAUUUCAGUUUUGACAGGAUUCACCUAAGAAGUUUCAAGAGGAGACAUUUGAGAGAAAUGGAAAGAUGUGCUUCAUAAAGUGAGGUGAUGAAGGUCACAGCCCGCACACAAAGGGACUCGCAGGGCUGAGCCGAGCAAAUGACAGGGCUCUCUAACAGCAUUGUGAUUGUGAUUGACUCUGAUUCUCACCUCCUUUUUUGGAAUGACUAAGCACUUGAUGAUUGCUCUAAAAUAAAUAUGUUUCUUAAA